GGUCCCCUCCGUGCCGGGUGGCGCCGUCCCCACCGCGAUCCGGGUUCCCGGCGGAGGCGGAGCCGCGCGGGGAGGAUCCCGGGACGAGCCCGGCGGAGCGGCCAUCGAACGGCACCGCCCGGGCCAGCGCGGCACGGAGCGGCCCCCGCGAUGGCCGCCCGCAUCCUGCACCGGCUGCGGAGCGCGCUGGGCGGCGACGGCGACCGGGGACCGCGGGCGGGCGACCCCGAGCCCGAGGACUGCCCGGAGAGCUCGGAGCUGGAGGACGACACCGAGGGGCUGUCGACGCGGCUCAGCGGCACCCUGAGCUUCACCAGCCACGAGGAGGAGGACGAGGAGGACGAGGAGGAGGACGAAGGAGCCGCGGAGGAGCUGGGGCAGCCGCCGCCGCCCGCGGGCGCUGAGGAUGCAGAGUGGGGCACUGCGGCGGAGCGCCCUGGCAGCAGCCUGCUGACCCGGCAGCUGCAGGAGCUGUGGAGGAAGUCGCGAAGCAGCCUGGCACCGCAGCGGCUGCUCUUUGAGGUCACCAGUGCCAGUGUGGUCAGCGAGCGCUCCUCCAAGUACGUGCUCUACACCAUCUACCUGAUCCGCUCUGGCCAGUUCGACAAGGCCCCUGCCGCCAUCACCCGGCGCUACUCGGACUUUGAGAGGCUGAACCGGCGGCUGCGCUGCCGCUUCGGCUGUGACAUGGCCGGCAUCGCCUUCCCCAGGAAGAGGCUGCGCCGCAACUUCACCGCCGAGACCAUCGCCAAGCGGAGCCGAGCCUUCGAGCAGUUCCUGUCCCACCUGCACUCCAUCGCUGAGAUCCGCCGCUCCCCCGAGUUCCUUGAGUUCUUCUUCCUGCAGGACCUUCGGGCAGCUCAGCGCCUGACCUGCACCGGCAUGUACCGCGAGGCGCUGGCUACCUGGGCCAAUGCCUACCGGCUGCAGGACCGGCUGGGUGUCUGCAGCUCCGGCCGCUUCCUCCUGACGCUGGCCGGGCUGGCCGUGUGCCACCAGGAGCUGGACCAGCUGGGCGAGGCCCAUGGCUGCUGCGAGCAGGCGCUGCAGCUGCUGGAGGCGCAGGGCAGCCACCCGCUGCUGGGACCUUUCCUGCAGGCGCACGUCCACUUGGCCUGGAAGGUGGGCAAGGACAAGCGGCGCUCGGAGGCCCGUCUGCAGGACCUGCGAGAGGCCGGGCCACCCCUGCAGCAGCAGCCCACGCUGAAGGAGUGCCUGAUCAAGGAGCCGCUGGAAUGAGCGCCCCACUGUGCUGGCGCCCACGGAAGC